AAUCAGAGAGAGAGAGAGACAGAGAGACAGAGACAGAGACGGAGAGGAGGGCAGCAGAGGGAGAAAAAGGCUUAAUUAAUUCAGGGUGGAUGGGAGGGAUGUUGCUGCUGUCCCCGCCGAGGCUCCAGUGCCUCUGCUGUCGUGCUGCAUGAAGCUGAGCGUUUGUGAGAGCAGAGAGGACGACUCGGCUGCUGCUGCUGCUGCUUACUGGGAACCAGACACCAGUCCAGUCCAGCCACGACUCCACAUCCUGGAGCCCACUGACUGACUGGCUGUGAGACGAGCUUCUGGGGAUGUUUCAGGGGCUGUAGUUGGAGCAGCAAUGGCCAGAGGUCAAAGAAGGAGUUAUUAGUUGCAGACCUACUAAAAAAUCCUUGUGCCAUCUCCGAGUCAUAAGGAGUAGUUUGUAAGGUGACAGACAAUCUCCGUGCAUUCUUUUUGUUUUUGUAUUUUGCCAUUCGAAGUGACAAAAUAGACAUUUGGAGCACCCUGCUCAGUCAAACAUCAUCUUCACGACUACAUGCGGCCUCAACUUUCCACCUCCCGUGUGCUCACAAGGUGCCCAUUGUGAAGCGGCAGAGAUGACUUCCCCAAACCUAUUUGCCUCAGCCUUGUUACACAACUUGACCCGAGGAUAACCAUCAAUUCCCAGAGCGCCACUCGUGGACUGACGCACUCCCAAACACAGAGCCCCGCCCCCCCACGGCGUCAGGCAGUAUGGGAGACGGGAGCUGGGUGUGCCUGAGCCCAGCUGAGUUCACCCAGCUGCAACAGUACAGCGAGUACUCCACGAAGAAGCUGAAGGAUGUGCUGGAGGAGUUUCACGGUGAAGGAGUCCUCUCCAAAUACAAUCCAGAGCAGAAGCAAGACGUUCUCAACCAACCCAUUGAUUAUGAGGGCUUCCAGCUCUUCAUGACCACUUACCUGGAGAAUGACAUCCCAGAGGAGCUGUGUCAGCACCUUUUCACCUCCUUCAAGAGCAAGACAGGAGGCUGCUCCCCCGACCAGUCUCGUGCAGGAACGAGCUUACUGGAAGCCCGCUCCAUUGACGCAGGCAUCUCUAUUCAGACCGAAGUGGCCUGUGCCCCCAUUACAGGGAUGAACGGGAAAAGCAUCCUGUCUGCGAUGGGCCGACACACGCCGGAGCACUCCAGCGUGAUGAGCACAGCCGGCUCAGGAGCCACCACCUCCCCUUGUUCAUCUCGCUCCUCCUCGCAGCGUUCAGGGACGGGGGCCCAUACACCAGGGGGGCCCCACAGAUCCCCCUGCACCCAGGUCAAAACCUCAGAGGGCAGCAGCAAUGCUCUGACGCCCAAUGCUGGUCCUGCCAGGUCGCCAGUGUCGCCCAAACUGUCAUCAGAGAGGAGCCACUCAGAGAAGCAUUUGUCACUGCGGAGGAGCCCGUCUCCCCAGAAAGGCUCCACCCUGCCGUCGCCCCAGGUGGUUUUCCUCAAGGACAUCGUCUGCUACCUGUCCCUGCUGGAGCGGGGGACGCCGGAGGACAAGCUGGAGUUCAUGUUUCGGCUGUACGACACAGACGGCAACGGGGUUCUGGACAGCUCGGAGCUGGAUCGCAUCAUCAAUCAGAUGGUGCAUGUGGCGGAGUAUCUGGAGUGGGAUUCAACAGAACUGCGACCGAUACUGAAGGAGAUGAUGGAGGAGAUCGACUUCGACAGAGACGGGACGGUCACGCUGGAGGAGUGGAUCCGAGGAGGCCUCACCACGAUCCCUUUACUGGUCCUGCUGGGCAUGGAAACGAAUGUCCAGGAAGACGGGCAGCAUGUUUGGCGUCUGAAGCACUUCAACAAACCAGCCUACUGUAACUACUGCCACACCAUGCUGCUCGGAGUUCGCAAGCAGGGCCUCUGCUGCUCCUUAUGCAAGUACACAGUGCACGAGCGCUGUGUGUCCAAAGACAUCGCUGCCUGCAUCAGCACCUACGCCAAGUCACGUAGACACACCAACGCUAUGCAGCAUGUUUGGAUGGAGGGAAACUCUCCUACGAAGUGCGACCGCUGUCACAGAAGCAUCAAGUGUUACCAGGGCCUGACGGGGCUGCACUGUGUGUGGUGUCAGAUCACUCUCCAUAAUAAGUGUGCAUCCAAUGUGAAGCCUGAGUGUGAUGGAGGCGCCUUGAGGGACCACACUCUGUUGCCCUCGUACAUCUGCCCCGUUGUCCUGGACCGUCAUUCUGUGGUGAAGCGAGGUGAGGGGGAGUCGCCGCCCAGCACCAGCCCCGAUGACAUCAAUCAGACUUUCAAAUUCUCCCCUGGAGACGGACAGGCACUGCAGAUCACCCCUCUCCCAGGUACUCACCCGCUCCUGGUCCUGGUCAAUCCCAAGAGUGGAGGGAGGCAGGGGGAGCGAGUGUUGAGGAAGUUCAGGUACCUGUUAAACCCCAGGCAGGUCUACAGUUUGGAGCAAGGAGGACCGAUGGUCGGGCUCAACUUUUUCCACGAUGUCCCUGAUUUCCGGGUGCUUGCAUGUGGAGGUGACGGCACUGUGGGCUGGAUCCUCGACUGUAUAGAUAAAGCCAACUUUGCCAGGCACCCUCCAGUGGCCAUCCUCCCUUUGGGCACCGGGAACGACCUGGCACGCUGCUUACGCUGGGGAGGAGGUUACGAGGGUGGCAGCUUGCUGAAGUUCCUUCGGGACAUCGAACAUAGCACAGACGUGGUGUUGGACCGCUGGAACAUCGACAUCGUCCCUGAUGACAAAGAGGAGAAGGGAGACCCCGUCCCCUACAGCAUCGUCAACAACUACUUCUCUAUCGGAGUGGACGCCUCCAUCGCACAUCGCUUUCAUCUGAUGCGGGAAAAGCACCCUGAGAAGUUCAACAGCAGAAUGAAGAACAAGCUGUGGUACUUUGAAUUUGGCACCACCGAGACCAUCUCUGCCACCUGCAAGAAACUGAAUGAAUGCAUCGAAGUCGAGUGUGACGGGAUCAUCUUGGACCUCAGCAACACCUCCUUAGAGGGCAUUGCUGUGCUCAACAUUCCCAGCAUGCAUGGCGGCUCUAACCUGUGGGGCGAGACGAAGAAGAGGAGGAACUACAACCGCAUGAGCAAGAAGGUUCCCGACAGGAUGCCAGCCAGCACCGUCACAGACGCUAAAGAGCUCAAAUUCUGCAUGCAAGACUUCAGCGACCAGCUGCUGGAGGUGGUCGGCCUCGAAGGAGCGAUAGAGAUGGGACAGAUCUACACCGGGCUGAAGAGUGCCGGACGCAGACUGGCUCAGUGUGCCAACGUCACCAUCAGGACAUCCCGGCGGCUGCCCAUGCAGAUCGAUGGCGAGCCCUGGAUGCAGCCUCCCUGCACGAUCAGAAUCACACACAUGAACCAGGUCCCCAUGCUGCUGGGCCCGCCUCAGAAGACGCCGUUCUUUUUCUUCAAGAAACGCAACCGGAGCCGCGACUAGGACACGUGCAUGCACAAAAACACACACAUAUACAGUACAUAUAUGCACAUACACACACGCCACACACUGUACAGGCAGCUCCAUCAGAAGACUUUGGAAGUUGGAAGCUCUUUGCAGGGAUCACAUCGUUCCUAAAUGCCAACAGACAAUUCAACCUGCAGUGACAGAACCUGAAAGACUCUCAGUAUACAGUACCGACCUUUUCCUGUGUAACCAUCAUCCCCAAAGUCAUGGAUUUACCUGCAGGUCUGUCAGCCCAAGCCACCCCCCCCC